AUGGGUGUCGUCAAGAAGCCAACCAUCGCUUCCUACUGGAAUGAGGGGGACAACAACUGGCUGGCGUCAACACCUUCCUUCGGGGGGAUCAUGCCGAGGAAUCGCUUCAAAGUUAUCAUGCGGUUCCUCCACUGCAAAGACAACUCUGUUGCAGUGCCCCGAGGGCAGCCAGAUCACGACCCCCUCCACAAUAUCAGGUCGGCUGACCCAGAGUGUUUCGUUGAUGAAAGGAUGGUUGGCUUCAAAGGGCGACAUCACCUUGUACAGUACAUGGCCAACAAGAAAGCACACAGAUGGGGGGUGAAGUUGUGGAUCCUUGCCGAGGCGGGUACUGGCUACACCAAUCAAGUUCGUAUCUACAAGGGCCGGAACCUUGGAGGACCACCGCCCAUGGAAGGUCUUGGGCAUAGUGUGGUCCUGGACUUGAUGGAACCGCAUCUCGACAAGGGCCACCACAUCAUCUGCAACAACUACUUCAGCAGUCCGUCUCUCUGCCAUGCUCUAGUUGACAGGAAGACAUUCUGCACAGGAGUUGUCGCCGUCCGGAGGAAGGGAAUGCUGAGCUCUUUCGUUGGGAAACGACCACCCAGGGGCUUGACAAUUGUGAGAAGACAGGGUCCAUUGCUGGCAGUGCUCUUUUCAGACAGGAAGGUCUUCACAAUCCUAUCUACCAUGGAUAGUCCAAGGUAA